GCGGUGGCUCCAGAGCGCGGUCCUGGAUUACAUGAUCGAGUCGAUAACGGCACGCAGUCUGAUGAUGUUCCUGGUGCACCUCAUGUGGCUCACGACUCUGCCGCUGCACUAUCGGUGCACGCGGUCCCCGCUCAGGAUGCUCCUCAACCCAUUCAUGAGACUGCUCUCCCAUGCUCUUCGAGUUCUUCUUCUCACGGUCCUGACCAAGCGGGGCAAGCUGACGAUAUACGGCAUCAGGCUGGUGGAGCUGAUGGGCAUGCUGCACUUGAUCACGCUGUCCUGGGGCUCCGCGGUCACGAACCGAGGGAUCAAGCUGAACUCAGGCAGCAGGUUCUUACUAUUCAACGCGCGCUCGCAGCUGGGGGCACCGCGUUUUUACUGGGUGAGCAUU